CUUCUUCUUCUUGUUGUUGUUGUUUAUCCUUUCAUCUUUAUACGUCCAUAUGCUCUUGUCAUGAAACAACAAUCCUUAUUUUCUUCUUCGGUAUCCCCUGACGUGACAUUGGUGGAAGGCAAACUCCCCUUGAUUUUGAGCGUCCCUCACGGUGGUGACCAACUCCCAUCCUCGAUUCCCAACCGUACUGAUGGUCAUCUUAUUGCAGAUGCCUAUACCAUCUCCCUCGCCCACAAGAUCUCUCAUCUCAUUCAGUCCCAUUACAAUGCUGCCCCUUUUUUGGUCAUACUCAAUAUUGCCAGAAGAAAAGUGGAUGUCAAUAGAUCUAUCUUGGAAGGUACCGAAUCCAUUCAAGGUCAGCGUGUGUGGAAGGAAUAUCAUGAUGUAUUACAACGCACAAUCAAUAAAGUGAAAACACGCUACAGAUAUGGUUUACUCUUGGAUAUUCAUGGUCAAGCUCACAAAGAAGGGAUGGUGGAACUAGGAUAUUUAUUAAACAGAACAAUGCUACAAAGGACAACCAAAAAGGAUGAACGCGAGUUGAUCCGACAUUCAUCGAUUUCUGACUUGGCUGAUCGAAUUGAACAGCAUCGACAUGGAUCUGCUGUUUCUUUAUUACGAGGUAACGGUUCUUUUGGAUAUGCUAUGAUGAUGGAUCAAGAAGACAAUCAUCAGGUUGAUGUCGUCCCUUCACCUAUUCAUCCAUACCCAGUUGAACAUGCUCUUUACUUUGCUGGUGGAUACAUCACUCAGACCUAUCACUCAUCUUUGGAUAUCAUACAAAUCGAAUCACCUCAAAGACUACGGUUCUCUCCUCAAGGUCAUGAUCUUUUGGCUCGACGCAUCGCAAAUGCCGCUAUUUAUAUGUUGGACCAUUAUUAUCUUCAUGAUAGAGCAAAGUUAUAGUUAUCAGACCAUUCAUGCGUAUAUAUUGACUUUUCUAGUCUUCCUUUUUUUUUUGUUGUCCGUAUCCCUGCAGACGUAUAUCCCAUGAUUCCAUUUAUUGUUAUUUUAUUUGAAAGAAGUAUUAAUAAAGAUUAAUAAUACCAAAUAGCGUAUUGAUAUCAUUA